CGACGCCCGCCUUCGCGCCCGCCAGUCCGCACCUCGCUCGCAGUGUUUACGCACGCGCAGCGCGUUCCCAACGAUACUCAGUGCUACAGUGAUACAAAAUGGUGAAGUUCGAAGGAGAUUUCAGUAUAAACUCUAUACUGAUGAAUCAUGCAGCCUCCAAGGCCCCGCUCUCUCCGGCGCCUUCCACUGAGGCCUCGCCCUCCGAGACGGACCUCAGCGAUUCCGAGCUCGACGUCACCGGAACCGAACCCGUCGACUGCUCCAAGCCCAAGGACGACGACAACGGCGAAAAGAAACAUGAGAAGCCAGCGUACAGCUACAACGCUCUCAUCAUGAUGGCGAUAAGGAACAGUCCCGAGAAACGACUCACGCUGAACGGCAUAUAUGAAUACAUCAUGACCAACUUCCCGUACUACAGGGAAAACAGACAAGGCUGGCAGAACUCGAUCCGACACAACCUGAGCCUCAACAAGUGCUUCGUGAAGGUGCCGCGACACUACGACGACCCCGGCAAGGGCAACUACUGGAUGCUGGACGCGUCGGCCGACGACGUGUUUAUCGGCGGCACGACCGGGAAGCUGCGGCGGCGGUCCGCGCUGACGGGCCGCGCUCGGCUUGCGUGCUUCAAGCGGCCGCUGUUCCCGGGAGCCGCGCCCUACCCGCCCGCCGCCUACUCGCAGCUCGUCGGCCUCUACUCGCAGCUUCUCUACCAGAGGUACGCGCCGAUGCAAAUGAAGACCAUGCCGGUGGCUCCCAGCGCUGUCCAUCCCGCAUUCCGUGACGCUGUCGGGUACAGCGCGUUGCAGUACUCACCCUCUUUGUAUGAUCGGAUGCCGACGGCGCCAUUCCUGGGCCAGGCGUCCCUUCUGGCAAAUACCCCACUGGCGCAGCCCCAGCUGCUGACUCCAUCGCCACCAUCGCUACACUCUCCGCCGACCUCUGGCUCCUCCAGUCCGGAACUGCCCUCGCCGUCUCAUCAUCCUCUCUCGCCACACAUCUACAAGCCGGUGACGGUUCUCACGAGGCAGUGAUCGCUUUGAAUCUCAAGGAGGCUAAACCAAAUACUCAGGAGGAGGAUCGGAACUAUUGUUUUAUCUGUGAUUUAGUUAGUAGUGUUGCACGGACCAGUGGGUGAAGCGCGACAUUCCGUUGUAUUGUAAAGUUGUGUAUAGUUCCAAAGCUAUGUAUGUAUAUUUAUUAAAUUAAUUAGGAUUAAGCUAAAACAAAUAUAAUAAAACUACUAUUGUUCUCAUUUA